GACAGCCAGUUCAGGCCAGUUCACUACCGCUGUAGUACUCAGUCUGUCCCACUGAGCUGUCAACACACAGCAACCCUCCACUCUGCCUCUGUUGCGACAACAUUUUUCUAUUAAACUUAGUCCGUUUUCCUCUUCAACGACGUUUUCCUUCAGAUAACAUCUACUCGUCUCACUAUGACUCGAAGGUGAUCUUCAGAGUGUCCAGGUGGUUCUGGGGUUCCAGGUUGGUGUGGUGAGAGAGCAAGCUAACUACGGGGAGGAGGACCGCCUGGGGCAUCGUGUCCCUGGCUUUUAAGUGACUAAGGGAGGGGCUCAGCAAACUGUUCUGCAGCAUGGAGAAGGAAGACCUGAAGGUCCUCAACAAAGGGGAAGAGGAGGAGAUGGAGCUGCAGGGCUACCGUCUGUGUCGUUGGCGGCUGGCCCUCGUGGGCCUCGGGGUACUGUGUACAGGGGGCUUCCUCCUCCUGCUGCUCUACUGGAUGCCAGAGUGGUGCGUUAAAGCCACCUGCACCCGUACCACAGCCCGCGAUGCCGAAGUGGUAUUGCUGCGCUCCACGGAUGAGUUCCGGCGCUGGUUCCUGGCCAGGGUGCGAGUGAUGCUGGCCCCGGGGAGCAACCCCUUCCACAGCCUGGAGACCCAGACCACCUCCCCCUCCUCCCCUUCCUCUCCCUCCUGCCCCUUCUCCUCCCCCCCUCUGGCCAACGGACAUACCCCCCACCCCUCCGAUGGCAGCCCCGCUCAGGAGCUCAUCAGAAGAUAUGCCGACUACCAGCCCACACAGAUUCGCUAUUUUACCUUCCAUAGCACAAAGUAUUAUUGGAACGACGGUUUGCAGAACUUUGAAGUUUUAAACGGCCUGGAGGAUCUGCAGGUCAGCUGCUCCACCAUCCACUCGGAGCACAGUGCAGGCCUGACUAGGAACCAGCAGGAGUACAGGAGACUGUUCUUCGGAGUGAAUGAAAUUGCAGUGAAAGUGCCUUCUGUUUUCAAGCUGCUUAUCAAAGAGGUCCUCAACCCUUUCUACAUCUUCCAGCUCUUCAGUGUGAUCCUGUGGAGUGCCGAUGAGUAUUACUAUUAUGCUGUGGCCAUUCUUUUCAUGUCGGUCAUAUCCAUAGCUACCUCUCUGUACACCAUCAAAAAGCAAUACGUCAUGCUUCACGAUAUGGUGGCAGCUCACAGUAUUGUCCGUGUGUCUGUAUGCCGAGCCAACAAUGAUAUUGACGAGAUUUUGUCGACUGAUCUGGUGCCCGGAGAUGUGAUGGUCAUCCCCAGCAAUGGGACCAUCAUGCCAUGUGAUGCCGUGCUGGUCAGCGGCACCUGCAUCGUCAAUGAAAGCAUGCUCACAGGUGAGAGCGUUCCUGUGACAAAGACCAACCUCCCCAAUCCAUUGCCUGGGGAGAGGGGGGGGGAGGCUGACAGUGCCUACAACACAGAUGAGCAUAAGAGACACACGCUCUUCUGUGGCACCCAAGUCAUCCAGACCCGCUUCUACACAGGCGAACUGGUCAAAGCUGUAGUGGUCCGCACAGGUUUCAGCACAGCCAAAGGCCAGCUGGUGCGCUCCAUCCUUUAUCCAAAACCCACCGACUUCAAGCUGUACCGUGAUGCCUACCUCUUCCUGCUGUGUCUGGUGGCUGUGGCUGGAAUUGGCUUUGUCUACUCCAUCGUCCUCAGCAUCAUGAACGAGGUGCCAGCUAAGACCAUCAUUAUUGAGUCCCUGGACAUCAUCACCAUCACUGUGCCACCGGCGCUGCCAGCCGCCAUGACAGCUGGUAUUGUGUACGCCCAGCGACGCCUCAAACACCUUGGCAUUUUCUGUAUCAGUCCACAAAGGAUCAAUAUCUGCGGUCAAAUCAAUCUGGUCUGCUUUGACAAGACUGGAACUCUGACAGAAGAUGGGUUAGACCUGUGGGGAGUCCAGAGGGUUGAGAAUGGCAGUUUCCAUCUGUCAGAGGAAAAUGCGUACAAGCAAAACCUCGUCAAGUCCCAGUUUGUGGCUUGUAUGGCCACCUGCCACUCUCUCACCAAAAUAGAGGGCCAGCUGUCUGGAGACCCGCUGGACCUCAAAAUGUUUGAGGCUACAGGCUGGAUCCUGGAGGAGGCCACUGAGGAGGAAACAUCUCUCCACAACCGUAUCAUGCCCACUGUGGUUCGACCUCCAAAACAGCUGUUGCCCACAGAGCCUGCUGUAUCAGCAGAGCAGGACAUGGAACUGUAUGAGCUCUCGUCAGCGUAUGAGAUAGGUAUCGUGCGCCAGUUUCCCUUUUCCUCAGCACUCCAGAGGAUGUGUGUGGUGGCUCGUCUGCUGGGGGAGAAACGUAUGGAUGCUUACGUGAAGGGGGCGCCGGAGGUGGUGACAAGCCUCUGCAAGAAAGAGACAGUGCCAGUAAACUUUGCAGAGGUUUUGGAAGGCUACACCAAGCAGGGUUUCAGGGUCAUAGCUCUGGCUCAUCGUCGACUUGAAUCUAAACUUACCUGGCACAAAGUCCAGAACAUCAACAGGGAUCACAUCGAGGCAAACAUGGAGUUCCUGGGUCUGAUCAUCAUGCAGAACAAGCUGAAGGCAGAAACUCCAGGGGUGCUGCAGGACCUCCACCGAGCCAACAUUCGCACUGUCAUGGUUACUGGUGAUAAUAUGCUGACCGCUAUCUCUGUGGCCCGGGACUGUGGAAUGAUCCCUCCCAAAGACACAGUCAUCAUCGCUGAUGCCCACCCUCCCUAUGAUGGACAAGCCGCCAAGAUCACCUGGAGAUACGCCGACAGGCCAAACAAGACAUCUCGCCUGGAGGAAGUAAACAUCAGUCUUGAGGAUGUGUGUCACGUAGAUGAGCCCAAAACACAGGAAAUGUACCACUUUGCUAUGAACGGAAAGUCAUUUGGUGUCAUCGCUGAGCAUUUCCCUGACAUGCUUCAAAAGCUGGUGCUGCAUGGCACAGUGUUUGCCCGAAUGGCCCCAGACCAGAAAACCCAGCUCAUCGAGGCGCUGCAGGGUGUAGACUACUUUGUGGGGAUGUGUGGAGACGGCGCUAACGAUUGUGGGGCUCUGAAGAGGGCUCAUGGUGGCAUCUCUCUGUCAGAGCUUGAGGCCUCUGUAGCCUCUCCCUUCACCUCCAGGACUCCCAACAUCUCCUGUGUCCCCAACCUCAUCAGGGAGGGGCGUGCUGCUCUCAUCACCUCCUUUUGUGUGUUCAAGUUCAUGGCCCUCUACAGCAUCAUCCAGUACAUCAGUGUCACUCUGCUCUACUCUAUCCUCAGUAACCUUGGAGAUUUCCAGUUCCUCUUCAUUGAUAUCGCCAUCAUCCUCCUUAUUGUCUUCACCAUGAGUCUGAACCCAGCGUGGAAAGAACUGGUGUCACGUCGUCCCCCAUCAGGUCUGAUCUCAGGGCCUCUGCUGUUCUCUGUGCUGACCCAGAUCCUCAUCUGCUUGGGCUUCCAGACAGUCACAUUCCUUUGGGUCCGACAGCAGCCCUGGUACUCGGUCUGGACGCCACUGACAGAUGCUUGCAACGAGUCAUCACAUAUUAAUGUAUCGGACCACAACGAAACAGAACUGGACGACCACAACAUCCAAAACUUCGAGAACACCAGCCUCUUUUAUGUCUCCUCCUUCCAGUAUCUCAUCGUUGCCAUCGUUUUCUCAAAGGGCAAACCUUUCAGGCAGCCCAGCUACAAGAAUUGGCCUUUUGUGCUGUCUGCCUUGAGUUUGUAUAUUUUCCUGCUGUUCAUCAUGUUCUACCCUAUCGAAGAAAUCGAUGAGUUUUUCGAGAUUGUUUGUGUCCCGUAUGACUGGCGGUUUAAACUCUUCCUCAUCAUCUUGGUAAAUUCUGCUGUGUCUGUUUUGGUGGAGACCUUCAUCCUUGACAUCGUCUUAUGGAAGCUUGUGUUCAGCCGAGACAAACAGGGCAGCUUUGGCGUCACUCCUGUCGCCCCGACACCACAGGGGUUUAUUGACCUGCAGGCAUACAAGUGUCUGACCCGGCUGUGCUGCCCAGGCAAGAUGACACCCAAGGCUCGCUACAUGCAUCUGGCCCAGGAGCUAAGUGUGGACCCCGACUGGCCGCCAAAGCCGACUACCACCACUGAAGCUAAGAUCCGCCCAGAAAAUGGUUCCACCUAUCAAAUCAUGGCCAACUCCUAGCACCCCCACGCCCCCUCACAGUGUCUAAUCUGUCCCUUUCAUACAGGAGGUGUGCAUAUGACAUGUUCAUUGAAUGCACAUUCAACCGAUUCAAAUUAAAUUUUCACAGUUUAAUUGCUUGUCGUUACGGUUCACGGAGACUUGCGUCUAAUACUGUAGUUCAGAGACGUUGCUGCAAAAACCUUAAGAUUACACAUGAGUACCAAAUAAAGUUAAGUUUCAGUUCUCUCAGCACUCUCUCUGACUCAACCACUCAUGCGCACUCAGGUCUCACUAGCUCUUUGAAUAUAUUUAAACAUCAGUAACAGUAAAUGUUAUUCCCAUUCUUUGCUGCGAUAUCGUUUCCCUAAAGCUGAGCAGCAUUUAACCGGGCUGGGAGGAGGGGGUGAUCAGUCAGGUUGAAUAUGAGCGUUCACCUCUUUAGAUUGACUGCAAAUGUAGAUUUAAUCCCCUCACUUUGUCUGAGUCCCAUUCCACUUCAGAGCUAGCUUCAGACUUACACGUGCACUCAGAGAUGUCAGGUUAGAGCAUCUUCAGAUUUCAUUCACAACCACAGUACCAGAUGUUUAUUUCAGAUAAAGAGUAAAACAGCAUAUUAUCACACCUGAGCCUUUCAGAAUGAUCACUGAAAGGAAAAAUUACAGUGUAGGAUGAAACCGCUGUUAGCCUAAAAGAGAGGUUGUGCUAUGGCCCUCUAAAGUACGGCCCACCCUCUUGCUCAAACUCUUGCGAGUUUGAGCAAGAGGGUGGAAAAAAGAGAUUUCACUGACCAGCUCUGUACUAGCUAAUCAUACAGUUUUUAAAAGCAGCAAGUUGUAUUUCUGUGCAUUUUAAUUUUAGGACGUUUGCACACUAACUUGUUUGACAGGUCUAGCCUGAUUGCUACUAUGUAGUGGUCUCAUACCGCUAAUGCACAUAUAUCGAGCGUCAUGUUAACGAACUAGCAUUACCAUCUGGUAAGCACUCAUUAUGAAGCAUAGAUUCAUAACCAAAAAAGAAAAGCUUUAAAGCUUACCACGGACCCCCAGGGAUGAAUGAAAUUACUAAUUUGACACCAGUAUUCAAGAAGUCUUUCAAGCACACUGUGAGAUGUAUAAGACUGGGGAUCCUGGAACAGCUUCAGUCAACUUGUUCACCCUUGACAGAAGUUCAUACGCACAUUUACAAGUAAACAUAUACAAAAAAGUAGGUUCACUGGCUAUCAAGAGCCAAUGAUACAGGUCUGGAAAAGUAAACCGGCCUGUCCAGAUUUUGUAAAGUUUGGAAAAUGCACAUAUGUCAGAAAAAAUUCACUUUUUUCAGAGGUGACGGAACAAAGUAAAAGUAUUAGUAAACCUGCUGUCACCAGCCAUAAUGUGGCAUGGCAUCUGGAAAUCUUACUUUUGUUCCCGAUCACUUUUAAUUUAAACCCUCAGAAUUUCAGAAAAUUAUAUGUUGCUGUUUUAAGCAGGCAAGGUAGGUUUAGGGAAGGUGUGCUUUUCAAAUUUCAAGCCUUAAUUACCAAAUACAGUACGUUAAACAUCAGACUGAUAACUGAAACUACCAAGUGACGAACCUCAGAAAUUAAUCUGAGGUUGCAUUUUCUUAAUGAACUUGGCCCAACGUUUCGUACACAGUCGAAACAUAAUGGCUUGUAAAAAGGAACUUAAAGAGAACAGUGAGGUAGAGAGAUGUGCUCAUCCUCUCUCAACCACAGGCUGGGACCUGUGGCUGGAUCUCCAUCGUGUUUGUCAGUUUGUUGGAGUUUAGGGUUUUUAAUAAAGAUAUUGUUAUGUAGAAAAAUAAAAACUUAAGAAAAAAACAACAAAAAAAACAGACAAAAACAAAAAGAUAAAAUUCAUCUCCGCUUUUGAGGCAUGUGAGUGGAUCCAUUGGACUGUCGGUCCGGACUGAAAUAGCUCUUUAACUAUUGGAUGUAUUGCCAUGAAACUUAGCACAGUCAUCGAGGGCCCCCCUAGAGGAUGAAGUCAAAUGAUUUGUUAUUCUGAUUUUUCAUGUCGCUCCGUUAACCAGUCAGCACCACUUUAUAACAGGAUACCUCUAAACUAAUGACAGCGUCAAUCUCAGCUCUACUUUGAUAUAAAUCCUAUCACAACAUUACACUUACAUGAUAAGUGUUAGCAUACUGCGCUAACAAGUCUGACAGGGAACAACAUGGCCUUUCCUUGGCGGGUCCCCUCAUGCCAAACAUUCGCCCCACUUGUGGUAAAGAUCUAACAGCAGCAAACGUAUCUCUACUUUUCAACUAUUAAAAUAUCUUUUCUAGCGCGUGCUAUAAACUUUUAAUCUUACAUUUUUGCAUCUAUGAGCCAUGUCCUGUCAGCAUCUCAGACUGAACUCAUACCAUGACUUGCAUGAAGCCAGCUCCCUAUCGUCAUGUUCUGAAGACUUGAUGGUUGCAAUACUAGAAAUAUUACUACCAAUACAGAAUUACUGUAGAGUACAUUUACAUCUUUGUAUUUAAAAUACAUCAGCAUGAAUCUGGCUGGUUAUAGCGGACAGUUAAUCACAUGCAUGAGACCAUACAGCUCACAGCAUCCCACAUUUACAAACUCAUGUCAGAUCGGCUCCAGAAAGCCAGCAGUGCUGCUUACAUUUCUUUACUUUAAAAACAAAAUUUCUUCCUAUGGAAGACUAAUUAAAAGCGUGAUAGCAAAUAAAGGCAAGACGUUGUGCAUGUCAUCAGCUCGCUGCACAUUCAAGACAUCCCUGUAACAAUAUCUGCUGCAUAUGGUGGAUGCUGAUAACAUAUACACUUGUAUCCAUGUAUUAUACACACAGUAGGCUAACUGCAGAGAGAGUUAAGGGCUAUAUUUUAUGUCCACUGCUCUGUCUUUGACAUUGAAAGUGAUGCUCCACUUUAAGUAUCAAACACUCACUCACUGGAAACUUGUAAGGUGGCUGCAAAAGUGUGUUCCCUCUUCAUCAAUAGAAACCUGAUGGUGGAAAUUGAGUUUGGUGAGCUAGAUUACAAAAAUGACAAACUGAGCGAAUGGAUAGAAAGCAGAGUUUGCACUUCAGGAAUUGUUUGAUGCAUUAGAUGGAUAUGGACAUUAGACAUGUAAUAUAAUUGGUCCUUUCAAAGUCCUGCCUCUUUUCCCUUUGUGCUCUAAUAACAGUUGGGUAAGAUUAAAACACGGCAGAACCUCGGUCACCUUAACCCCUUUCCUGUUAUACUUCAUCACACUAUGUGCUUGUCAAAAAUGUUAAAAAGAAAACUACAAUUUGAAGAUGGUUAAAUCGUGUUGCUGAGGGACGGUCAUAGUCUUCACAGCCACAUUAGCUACACUUGGCAAAAUGCUAGCUAAUUAUGUUUGCUAGCUAACACAUAGCCACAUCAAGAGGAGUUAGCCUAAUGUCAGAUUACCAAUGUCAGGACAGGACAGUUAGGAAUUAUUGUUAACCAGAUUGAGGCUAGCGUUCCUUUGUUUUUAUUAUCUCUGUAAGGCUACAUCCGUGUCCAUGAGUAGCUAACUUUCUACUGUAAAGAGAGACCAACUUUAGGUCAGCACUAAGGUCUGAAGUCAGUGAUAAAUACGUAGAGUGCAGGAGCAAUGUUGAAUGAUAGUCUUGUCGUCCUCAGUCUGUACUUCUUCCUGUUAUGUUGAGACUGGACACUUCAAUUGCCUUUUUUUUUUUUUUAUAAAA